AUGGGAUCGAGCGCAAAGAAAAAAAGAGAAAAGAAGAAAGACUUUCAAAAACAGAAAUUGAAAGUUGGCAAGACACGACCCAAGGCUGAUAAUCACACCGAUACGAGCUUCCGAGCCAAAGCCAUUGUUCUGAACCAGCAGCUCGACGUCGCCGCGCCGACUUACUCGUCGGUAUUUCUUCACCAAGUCUCUCUGCUUAAUUCACGUUCCGACUCCCAAAGGAAAGAUGCCCUCGCCCACUUGACAAAUUACGUUGCAUCGAGCUCUCCAGGAGAAGCUUUGCCGAUUACCACCAGUUCUCUUCUCGGUAGCAUCUAUCCUCUCGUUCUAAAUGGCUCCUCUGGGGUCCGGAAUCAGUUGCUCAAGUUGUUGCACGCAUUGCCCAAAGAAGACAUCCGAGACCAUGUCCACAGGGCUCUACCAUAUGUUCGUGCCGGGAUAACACACCUGUCGCGAGAUGUCCGUGCGACGGCCAUCGACUUUCUAUCCUUUCUGAUACGGAUCGCAGGAACGGAUCUUGUCUCCUGUCCUGGUGGAUGGCACCAAACUCUGGAAUGCCUUACGACAGUUCUUGGUUGGAGAUCAGCCUCCAGCAAAGCUUCAUUUGCUGGAGACGUCAAAUCUACAGCUCGCAUCAUGAAUGUCCUUUCUGACUUGUUGCUUGCGGGUCUUCUCAUGGACAAGCUAUCUUCCUCUCAGCCCGACCCACUGGUCACAGAAUUCCCCUUGUGGCGGGUUGAGACACUCCUCGUGGCGACAAAGUCGAACGUGUACGCUUAUCUGAAUCUCUUUGGGGCGCAAGCAGAGGAUGACAGCCAGAUCCUUGAUGAACAGGAGGAUAGAUUACAAAACUUCAACCGCCAUUUCCGCGAUCCUGUCUUGGCCGGUGUUGAGGCAGCAAUGAAAGAGGGCGGAGAGCUGGGCCGUGCCGCAGGUUUGGUGGUCAAGACAUUGGAACGUGCACGGAAUACCUGA